AUGCCUCUGCGACGGCUGGGCGAAGCUGUCGCAGCUCGCACCGACAGGGAUAGCGAAGGCGACGACGCGUGCGACGACGCUGCGAUGCUGGCGUGUAACGACAUGGGAUGGCACGGCCGGGCGAUGGAGCCGUGUCCGGUGGUGGGGCUGGGGGCGUGGGAUGAUGCCGCGGGGAAUGAUGGCGCGGGGGGGGAUGGCGCGCCGGACGCGCCGAGAGACCAGUGGUCCUGCGCCCUGGUGCCGCGCUUAGAAGCCCGCGCGCGACAGCUGCAGCGCGCCCUCACGUCCUUCCACGUAACCAUCGCGACUUGGCGCGCUGUGCCGUUAACGCCCAGCGACCUCUCGCGCCUGCUGCUGUCCCUCGCCGCGCACUGCCCGUCGCUGCAGCGGUGCGUGCUUCAGGUCAAGGUGUCGGGGGAGACAGGGUGGCGGGGCGACCGCGGAGGUCAUGCUACUUGCGAGGAGGAGGCGGAAACGGGGGAAGAGGCGGAGGCGGAAGCGGAAGCGGGGAGUGCUUACAGCAGGGGUGCCAGGCGGAUGGGGAAUAGCGUGUGUGCUGCCCUCCGCGCGUUGCUCACCCAGUGCUCCGCCUUGCGCUCCCUCCACUUGCACCACACCUCCCUCACUCCCCACCUCUGCCUCCCCGCGUCCCUACCCGCCCUCGCCCCGCGCUUGGAGCACCUCUCCCUGCCUCUCCCUUCCAUCCCGCCAUGCCUCUUCCGUUUAUCAAGCCUCCGCUCGCUCUCCUUCACUCUCUCUCCCCCCAUCCAGCCACAAUUGGCGUCCGGGUCCCCGUUCUCCCACAUGACUCGUCUCUCCUCCCUCUCCCUGCAUCUAGACCUAGACGUUCAUGUGCACCGCGACCCUCCCCCGCAUCUUUUCCUCCGCAUGCUGCUCUCGCAUUGCCACCCUGCCUGCAUCCCCCCCUCCACGCUUCCCAUCUCACCGGACCUGUUCGCCGGGCUCGGCCCGAGCCUUCGCCGCCUGUCCCUGCGAAGCACGAAGGUCCGGGGCUUCUGUGAGGACUGGCCGCCGGUGAGAGUACCCAGAGAGCACUGCCUCGCGUCCCUCUGGUCUCUCCAUUCACUCACACAGUUAGACACUAACCUGUGGGUGAUGGACGGCGACUGGGGUGAGCAAGAGGUGCAAGAGAGCCUGGGUCAGGGCUCGGAGGAGAGAAGCAGAGAUGUGGAUGAGGAUGAGGAUGAGGAUGAGAAAGAGAUGAGGUCUUGGAGACGGGAAAGGUAUGAGCCGGGGGCAGGAGACCCAUGGGACAGAAACAGAGGGCCGGGCCCAUUCUCCCUCUACCGCCCGCACAGCACCCUCGGUCCGUGCCUUGCUGCGUUGUGCUCCCUCACAUCCCUCACUCUGUCUCUCCACUCUGUGGUCCCCGCGGCACUCUCCCAACUCUCCUCGCUCACUCGCCUUGAAAUGCCCGCAGCUGCAUUCGACCCACACGGGGUCAUUCUCUCUCUGCCCACCCUCCGCCAUCUUGACGUUGCCAUUCCAGACCUCUCCCUGCUGCUUCCCUCCCACGAACCAUCACCUCGUACCGAUGCGACCAGCUCCGUUGGUGCAUCUUCCUCGCGCCUGUCAACUACAGUUACCCUAGGGACAGCGGCACUGACACCAACAGGCGCACAUGCCACAGACACCACCACCACUUCCUCCUCCUCCUUGUCCUCCACCACCGGAUUGCAUACCCUAGUGCUUCGCUCCACCGACCGUCUCCUCAUCCCUCCCACCACCUCCCCAUACCCAUCUCUCCUCCACCUGGAGCUCCACUCACUGCCCUCUCUGCUUUGGCUCGGCCCUCACGACCGCCCCAUGCCUCCUUCCUGCUGCCUCUUCCCCAACCUGCGCUCGCUGCUGUGCGCAGUAAACAGCUCCAGGGGUGGAAUGGAAGUUGAUGUGGCAGCACUCCCCUCGCUCACGCACAUGUCAGGUGGCCCGUGCCUCUUGCGCACAGACACCACCCCGCCGCUCUACCCCCGCCUGCAAUUCCUGCUUCUGAAAUUCACAGAACCUCCAUACCCUGCCCCGCUCUCUUCCUUCACACAGCUGCGCUUUCUCUGCCUGGGGAUGGCCGGGUUGCCAUGGCAAACGGCCCUGCUCCCUGCCCUCAGCUCGCUACCGCUCUUGCGCACGCUCCGCCUGGAAAACAUAUACACAGCCAUGCAGUGUUGUGUGUUUGACAAGCCCCUUCCCCUCACAACGCUGCAGCUCUGCAAUGCACACCUGGAGUCCCUUCAUCCAUCCAUCGCCCUCCUCACGCGUCUCACUCGCUUGGAUCUCCUCCGUUGGAUCCAUUUGAAGUGCCUACCAGAGCAGCUGACAGCACUGACGGCACUGCAGAGCCUGGCAGUGAGUGGGUGCCAGAGAGGAAGGCCUGGUGUACCAGGUUGCUACCUCUCUGCUACCCAGCAACGCUUUCCCUUGUUAGGCACCUCGCCUCGCGACUCCCCCUCGCUAUCUACUCGCGAGCCAUGCGUUUUCGAGCUGCUGGUGCACGCCGGGUCCGAAGCACCGCGCGCGCGUGAUGGAGAACCGUGUCGCGGUCAAGGAGGAGGCCGCGGAGCAGCGAGUCGUCUUAAGAAUAUAGCACGCGUGCCGGUGGCUCGAUCGCCCCAGCACCACUAG